UCUGGAUAAAAGAAAGAACGCAGAGAAACAGGUUAGCUAUUCUUAGAUACAGCAUUAAAUUGUGAGUGCACUUGUCACAACGGCAGUACAUGUCAUAGAGAUCAUUCAUUGAUCUCAUUGACCAGCCCCCAUUGUCUACAGUAUAUAGAGUCGUACAUGUAUAGUGCCAACACAACAGAACUACACAGAAACAGAUUUGAGCGGAAAAAGAGCUUCUGACAAUGGGGGGUCAAAGGACGCUUUCCGUGUUGCUUCUGUUGAUGAUGGGUGUGGUGACCACUGCUCUUCCUGCAACUACUGGAAACAUCACUGCUAUUGUAGACACCACUUCAACGGUUGGCCCUUCAUCAGCCACUGUGUGUGGCACCCCUCCACUCAACAACAAAAUAGUGGGAGGUGAAAAUGCCCCUGCAGGAAGUUGGCCCUGGCAGGCAAGUCUCCAAAUGUCUGACGGACAUGUUUGCGGUGGGUCCCUCAUUAACAAGGUGUGGGUGAUGUCUGCAGCCCACUGCUUCCCCAGCUCAGACCCAAAUGGUUGGAACAUUAGCCUUGGUCGACAGACCCUGGAGGGAAUUAACUCCAACGAAGUGUCCAGAACUGUGGCUGAGAUCAUUAUACAUCCAGAUUACAACGGUUUCACAAAGGACAAUGACAUCGCUCUGCUAAAACUCUCCUCACCAGUCAACUUCACAAACUACAUUCUACCCGUCUGUCUGGCAGCAAGUGAUAGUGUUUUCAACAAUGGUACUGAUAGCUGGGUGACCGGCUGGGGUAACAUCAAUGAAGGAGUUCCCAUCCCAUCCCCCCAGGAUCUGCAAGAAGUGGAGGUUUCAGUUGUGGGGAACAAACAGUGUGACUGCCUCAAUGGGGCCGGAUCAAUCACAGACAACAUGCUCUGUGCUGGUGAUCUUGCAGGGGGCAAGGACUCGUGUCAGGGUGACUCAGGAGGUCCAAUGGUGAUUCAACAGAACUCUGUCUGGGUCCAGUCUGGGGUUGUUAGUUGGGGUCAAGGCUGCGCUCGGCCCAAUCUCCCUGGGGUCUACACCAGAGUGUCCAGUUACCAGUCCUGGAUCAACUCCCAUAUCAAGACCGACAAGCCAGGCUUUGUCCAAUUUUACUCCAGUGGGGUCGAUGCUGACAGCGAUUACAUCUGUUCAGAUCGCCCAACAACUACUGUCGACCCCAACCCCUACCCUUACACCUACCCUUAUCUCUACCCUUACCCCUGCCUUUACCCUUACGAAUCCAUUUUUGAUCAUGGGCACAGUUUGUUCAGCUCCCUUUAUUUGCUGAGCACCUUGUUCAUUCUGAUGUUUCUUACCAUUUAAAUUCUUACCGUGAUGCAGUCAAGGGCAAGGUUUUAUUGGCAGUCUGAGUGCAAGUGCUAUUCGUUUGGGAGAUUUAUCUUUUAAAGUAAUGGCUGGCAUGCUCUGGAAGAACGAGAGGUAGCCUAUUGCUGCAUAUCCUAUCUAGUAUAUUGUGUGUUCACAUUUCCCUGGACACAUCCUGCUGAGUGAGUGUUGUUUUCAAUGGGCCUUACUGUUGUAUUGAUUUAUUUGUGAAGAUGAAUAACCUGAAAUAUAUUUACUUAUUUAUUAAAGGGGCAAUAUGGGAUUCAAACAAACAGUAACCCUGACAAUUUUUUUUGUAAAAAGCUUAGGGAGAGAGCUGAAGAAAUGUAUCUCUUAAAUUCAUAGACAGAAGUUUGGGUGACUGUCUGAUAGCUUUAACCAUGUUUUGUAAGCUUUACAAUGUUUUUUUUUUUUUACAAUUACAUUGUUUACAAAAAAUAUAGUAAAACAAGCUAAUAUUUUGGCUUGUGGUGAAGUAGGACAGCACUAAGCUCAUGAGACAUUUUAAGUUACAUUCUUCAAGAAUUAAUGGCUAUAUAUCAUUAAAGAUGCACUUUAGUCUCAUUUUCAUCUCAUUUAUCACAUGAUCUACUCAACAAAAAGGCACAUCUCAAUAGGUGGUUCAAGUAAGUCAUGACAUGUCACAAGUGGGAGGGGCCUUUCCUCUUCUGUUUUCUAAUUGGUCCUCUAACCACUAAUUUGCACAAAACGUAUUUGUUAUACCCUUAAGUGGGUGUACAGUAAUUGGGAUAGAUAUUGUUUCAACAGUAAGCUGGAGUGUCUAAUUUAAAAGUUUAAAAAAAUGGGUGUACCAUUCCUAGAUUACCCUUUUAAUAUUUGAGAAAUGACAAAUCCUUUUGCUAUGAAAGACGUAUAUAAGAAUGUCUUUAUGGAAAAAUGUCUUUAUGGAGCGGCCUGCAGUGGUCUAGUGGUUAGUGCCACAGCCGACUGGAUAAGAGCGUCUGCUAAAUGACUAACAUGUAAAACGCCUCCUGUCUUUCUUGUCUCUUCUUCUACCUUUCCUAUCAAUUAAAAGCAUGUGUAACACUAUGCAUUAAAUACACAUAUUAACCAUUCCUAAAGAAGGCACUGCAUUGUGAAACUUUGGUUGAGGUUUACUCAUUAAAAUGUUAUGAACACA